UGGUUGGCAUUUCCUUGACUUGGCUUCACCUCUGUUCUUCCAUCUUCUCAUCUCAUUACACCUAAAUUUGCCAAAACCCAACCUUUCCCUCUUCAUUCUGCAUCUCCCCUACCUGCCAAAGGCCAUCAACAGAAACAAGCAAGUCAACUUCAAUGGCAGCCACCAUGGCUACAAUGGCAGUGCUCAGUGUCAAGUGCACAAGCAUCAACUCCAGCAAAAACCACACCACCCCAAAGCCUAUCACCAACCCCAUCUCUCUCCUCUCUCUUCAGAACCUUCCUAAAGAACUAAUCUCGUCAAAAGCUAGUCAAAAUCCCAACUUAUCAACUUUCCUCUCCAGCACAGCCAUUGCUGGAGCUGUCUUCUCAGCCUUCAGCUCAUCGGAUCCUGCCUUUGCAGCCCAGCAAAUUGCGGAGAUUGCUGCCGAAGGCGACAACCGCGGCUUAGCCCUUUUGCUACCCCUUAUCCCGGCCAUAGCAUGGGUUUUGUUCAACAUACUACAGCCAGCACUCAACCAGAUCAACAGAAUGCGCAGUGACAAGGGUGUGAUAAUUGGGUUGGGAUUAGGGGGGCUGGCUGCAUCAGAGUUUAUGUACGCACCUGAUGCUUCUGCCGCUGAGAUCGCCAUGAUCGCUGAUGCUUCCUCAAGUGAUGCCAGGGGGCAGCUUCUGCUGUUUGUCAUAUCACCCGCCAUUCUUUGGGUGCUGUACAACAUUCUCCAGCCAGCUUUAAAUCAACUCAACAGGAUGAGGUCCGAGUGACUCCAAUUUUUAAAGUGUGAUGGCAAACGAAUCACCUGUAAUUGCAGUUUAUGUUAAUGAAUCUAUUUAAAAUAACGACCAUUGUUUCUCCUA